UCCGCCGCUGGGCGCCAGCCGCCGCCGAGGCCCGGCCGAGAGACCGAGUGAGCGGACGCACGGCGGGCGCUGGGCUGCGGGCUGUGCGCCGCGCGGGCUGCUGGGCCGCGCACCUUCCUGCUGCUCGGCCUCGGCGCCCUUGGACAUGGUGGCCCCCGGCUCUCUGGGCAGCCGGCUGGGCGCGGUGUUCCCGUUCCUGUUGGUCCUGGUGGACCUGCAGUACGAAGGUGCUGAAUGUGGAGUAAAUGCAGAUGUAGAGAAACAUCUUGAACUGGGAAAGAAGUUACUUGCAGCUGGACAGCUAGCUGAUGCUUUAUCUCAGUUUCAUGCCGCAGUAGAUGGUGACCCUGAUAACUAUAUAGCAUACUAUCGGAGAGCUACUGUCUUCUUAGCGAUGGGAAAAUCCAAAGCAGCACUGCCUGACUUAACUAAAGUGAUUGAACUGAAGAUGGAUUUCACUGCAGCGAGGUUACAGAGAGGCCACUUACUGCUCAAACAAGGAAAGCUCGAUGAAGCCGAAGAGGAUUUUAAGAAAGUGCUCAAAUCUAGCCCCAGUGAAAAUGAAGAGAAGGAAGCCCAGUCUCAGCUCGUAAAAUCCGAUGAGAUGCAGCGCUUACGCUCGCAAGCGCUUGCGGCUUUCGAGAGCGCCGACUACUCCGCUGCUAUAACCUUCCUUGAUAAGAUCCUGGAGGUUUGUGUUUGGGAUGCAGAAUUACGCGAACUUCGAGCUGAAUGUUUUAUAAAGGAAGGAGAACCUAGGAAAGCCAUCAGUGACUUAAAGGCUGCUUCAAAACUGAAGCAUGACAACACGGAGGCGUUCUACAAAAUCAGCACGCUCUACUAUCACCUCGGGGACCACGAGCUCUCCCUCAGUGAAGUCCGUGAGUGUCUGAAACUUGACCAGGAUCAUAAAAGGUGCUUUGCACACUAUAAGCAAGUGAAGAAACUGAAUAAGCUGAUCGAGUCAGCUGAAGAACUGAUAAGAGACGGCAGAUACACAGAUGCAACCAGCAAAUACGAAUCUGUCAUGAAAACAGAGCCCAGUGUUGCUGAGUAUACAAUCCGCUCCAAAGAAAGGAUCUGCCACUGCUUCUCUAAGGAUGAGAAGCCUGUGGAAGCCAUUAGAAUAUGCUCUGAGGUUUUACAGAUGGAACCUGACAAUGUCAACGCCCUGAAAGACCGAGCAGAGGCCUAUUUAAUAGAAGAAAUGUAUGAUGAAGCCAUUCAGGACUAUGAAGCUGCUCAGGAACACAACGAAAAUGAUCAGCAGAUCCGGGAAGGUUUAGAGAAAGCUCAGCGGUUACUGAAACAGUCACAGAAGCGAGAUUAUUACAAAAUCUUGGGAGUAAAAAGAAAUGCCAAAAAACAAGAAAUCAUUAAAGCCUACCGAAAACUAGCACUUCAGUGGCAUCCGGAUAAUUUCCAGAAUGAAGAGGAAAAGAAAAAGGCAGAGAAAAAGUUCAUUGACAUAGCAGCUGCUAAAGAAGUCCUCUCAGACCCAGAAAUGAGAAAGAAGUUUGAUGAUGGAGAAGAUCCUCUGGAUGCGGAGAGUCAACAAGGAGGUGGUGGCAACCCCUUCCACAGGAGCUGGAACUCAUGGCAGGGGUUCAACCCCUUCAGCUCAGGCGGACCGUUCAGAUUUAAAUUCCACUUCAAUUAAACCAGCUGUUUUACUGCUCCUCUUCUUUAUUUUCUUAACAUUCAAAACAAAGCAACUUUGGGAUUCUAAUGGAAACAAAAUGAAACAAAACUUUGAGUUUGUCCGUGACCAAAGAGUUGUUUCAAGGAAAAGAGCUGUUCGUACUGUAGACUUGACGGGCCUGCCGAGGCAGGGAGCAAGGGGCCGUUUCUGACAAGGCAGCAUGUGCUCAUCUUGUGUUGCCUGGGGGAUGUGGUGUGGGGCAUUUGUCCUGUGGUGGUGUUCAAACAGCAUUUUAUAUAUAUAUAUAUUUAAACUGGAGCAGCCAGAUUCUGAACAGCCUUGCAUAGUGACCGUGAGGGGGAGAACGGAUUGGGUCUCAGUAUUCUUAAGACGAUGUCCUUCGGGACAAUUGUGCUUAGGUUUUGGUCAGUCCAGUCACGUGCAAGGAUUUCCUCCUGUCCCGGCAGGAAGUGCAGAGAUCAUCGUUUGGGAGACAGUCCAUCUUGUGCGGGUGGGGUGCCCAGGUGUAGACUAUGCUUUGAAGCUGAGGAUGUAUUUUUGUUGUUUUGUCUCUCUUGAGUUUGUUAAAACUUACAGAUCCUCUCUUAAAAUGUUAACCAGAACAAGUUAAAAAGUUCGGUCUGUGAAAGACUCAGUGGUGUCCUGGAGAGUGUGUUGAAGGUCAGGCUGACACACUGAGCAGCUGAAGUGCGGAAGUGCCCUAAAAGUGCAGUUUCUCCGGCAGCAUCAGCAGCUCACUCCCAGCUGGAGCAGGAGAGCGAGGCGGCGUCUCAGUGUCUCUCACAUGUAGCCCAGUUGUUUUGGCUGUAUUGUUUGUUGGGUGUUUGCUCCGUAGAUCUGCCUCACUAGGACUGAUGUUUAUUGUUCUGCUGAGAAGAAAGUGUAGGCUUGCAAAUCUGUUCCGCUCUGUGUUUGCUCACAUCUCAUCAGUAAGAUGACAUUGCCCAUCUCCUCCCGACAGAUCCUCUUGCUUUUUAAGCAGAUACCUCUUUAAGAAAUAUACUAUUCAGAAUUUGUAUACUGGAUAAUUUUUGCCCUAAAAACCUGUUACUAAAUCAAGAACAUUGAAUAUUUAUGAACUACUGAUGCUGCAUUGAAAAUGUAAAAGAAUUAUUUAGGUAAGAAUUAUUACCUUUAUUCUAGAAAGUUGUUUUUCUUUUUUGAAACAUUGUGAAGUAUUUUAAGUAUAAAGGUCUAAUAUAUUGUUUUUAUGAGAUUAAUCAUUUUAGUUAAAUUGUGGGAGGCAUGAAGGUAGCAUCCAAGCACAAAUCAUUUUCUUAACCUAUAGUCAUACCCUUAAGCAUAUAUAGAAAAAGAUUUUUAAAAUGGACAAACAUAAGUCACAUAGUUGAGUUGGGCAAAACAUUUAAGUGCUUUUUGCCUGUACUUAGGAGCCUGUUUCUUACCAAUAAACACAACAAUGCAUUUCAAAACCACUUUCAUUUUGCUUCAGUGUCCCCAAAUUCACAUCAGGCCAUGUGUGGUAACACACACUUCUGACCGCACUAGAGACGAGGAGAAGGCCUCGUUUACAUGAUGAGUUCCAGGCCAGGUCCCCACCAAAACACUAAACAGGUAAAGCCCAGCCAGCAUGGAACAGUGAAUGGCAUGGUUUUAUGUCUCAGCCAUCUCAGGUUAACUCGCAGCUGUUCUGUCCAACUCCUGUUGUGGACACGUCCCGACAGUGAAGGCAGCUCUGCUUUCCAAAGUCACUUUGCACCAGCAGAACCAAGGAAGCACCACGCUCUCACUCUCCCACUUAGAGCGGAUGCAGAGUUGCCAGUAGCACGGAGCUGGAGGAUUCUGACACGGUUGAGGUUGGGCUGUGUGGACCUGUGGUCCAGAUCUGGUGCCUCCUAAUUUGCUUCCCUGAGGGUUUUAAGUUUUUUUCCUCCCUACUUGUAACUACCCUAAGUAACUGAGGAUUAGUCUUCUCACUGCAAACUUGGGUGCCAAAGGCAGAUGUCAGGAGGGAGAUGAAGGUAGAUCUCUGCUGAUUACUGAGGUAGGUGAAUGGUCAGUUCCAGCAUGCAUGCUGUUGGUAGUCUCCUGGUGGCCAGCCUAUCAGAUGAGCAAUAGAACAGUGUCCUUUCUGCCUGGUGACACUGUAAAGCCACAUUAGUGGAGAAACAUUCUCCACUUUCUGCUUUUUCCUUUUUGCAGGGCCACUUCCACAUCCUGGUUUCUGUUUUAGGAACUGCAGAAACCUUUGUGGUAAUUCUGGGGAAGGUGGGAUCAAGCUCACCGUCGCGGUGCUCUGUUCUGUUCCGAGCCUUCCCUUCCUCAUGCUGAGCUUCCUAAGUGCACCGUCGUUGGCUGCAUCCAGUGCUCACCACUGUAGGAAGAAGGAAAAAAUCGCCUGCCACCAGAAGGGCACCUUCUUCACCUCUCACUUCUGCAAGUUUACUCUUUUUUACCUUGAAUAGAAUAACCUAGGAGUGGUAUGUAGCAUCUUCAUUGAAACAUUCCCUUAAUAGUGCUAAAGUCUGUUUUAAUUGUGCAGCUUAACCACUGGAGCUCUGAGGAUGAGUGGGUUUAAGAAUUGUGAGCAGGCCGUGUGGCUCAUGACCGGAGCUCAGAAUGUGGGCUGCAGUAGGCGCUCACGGCGGCUUUGAGGCCCUGCUUUGCAAGUCCCAAACUUAGACACGGCGCAAGAGUGCGAGAGGGUUAUUGGGAACUGAAGGUCACUGUCACCACUGCUUACCCCGGAAGAUGGCAUGCCCACGUAAAGGCCUUGGCUUGGUCAGAAGUUGUCACUCACCAUGAAGAAGGAGGAGGUGAGAGGUGGUGUCUAGAAGACACUGCUCAGGCCAUCGUGGGUGCCCAGCUGCCUCGAGACGGCACCCGUGAUGGCCGGUACAGUGUUUUCAGUAAGACACACACGGGUCAGGUGAUGUCAGGAGAGUUUCCUUGAGUGGAUCUGAUGUCCCUAUAGUGAUGCAGGAUGGAGGAGGCAGGUGAUGACGUAAGAACUGAUUUUUCCAGAUCCUGUCUUUCCUUUUCUGUUAGUGGCAGAAUUUAUUCUGUAAUUUCAAAUGAUGUUAGGAGGGGCAGAUAAUUUUUUAACAGACGAUCUCAUUUGCUGAAUGAUUUAAGAGUAAAAUUAGCCACUGCGUGGCUUUGUGUGCAGUCACAACAGGUUUAUUGCACUUACAUGUGGACAAAAUAGUUACCUGUGCAAAGGAAUACAGGGCACAGGGCAAGUCAAAAUCAGAGAUGUUUGAGAAGUUAAAUUAUUACUCUUAAGUUUCCAUUUGUUUUAAAUGGGACAGACUUAACAAUCCAUCUCUAUUUAGUGUUUUAAUGAAAAAAAGGAACUAAAAUUAUUUCAAACUGGGGCUCAUACAUGUCUAUGAAUAUGGGCAAUAUUUUUAUGCCCGUGUAUUUUCACAUUUAAUAAAAAUAUUUAUGGUCACAGCCA